AUGAAUAUUUUCCGUUUACUUGGUGAUUUAUCCCAUCUUCUAGCUAUCAUAAUAUUACUACUUAAAAUAUGGAAAACCAGAUCAUGUGCGGGCAUUUCAGGAAAGUCGCAGAUACUUUUCUCUGUUGUUUACACGGCGCGUUACUUGGAUCUGCUUACCAAUUACAUCUCUGCAUAUAAUACGUUUAUGAAGAUGGUGUUCAUUAUGGCCUCAUACGCGACUGUUUACCUGAUGUAUGUCAAGUUCAAAGCGACAUAUGACCACAACCACGACACUUUUAGGAUCGAGUUCUUACUGAUACCUACUUUGGUGCUGGCUUUGUUGAUAAACCAUGAAUUCACAGUAAUGGAGGUACUAUGGACGUUCUCUAUUUACUUGGAGUCUGUAGCUAUUUUACCACAAUUGUUCCUUGUGUCGAAGACUGGAGAGGCUGAAAGUAUUACAUCCCACUACCUAUUUGCUCUUGGAUCAUACAGAGCUCUCUACCUCUUGAACUGGGUGUACCGCUAUGUUGUGGAGGAUCACUACGAGCUGAUUGCAAUCAUCUCUGGAGUUGUGCAAACUGUGCUGUACUGUGAUUUCUUCUAUCUGUACAUUACAAAAGUAUUGAAAGGAAAGAAACUGCAGUUGCCGGCCUAA